CCAUUUAACCACCGAUUCCCGCCAACCAUCCUAACUUCAUCAAAUUUCAACUGGCAAUUCUGAGCUUCACACUAAAAAGAAUAAAGCUAAAAAAACCAUGAGCAAAGCUUGCCGCGAGGCUGAGCGGAGGGUCCUCAGCCUCCUCCACGGCCGCAAAACCGGAACCCAUCUCCGCCAAAUCCACGGCCACCUCCUUCGCCAUGGCCUUGGACAAUUCAACCAAGUCCUCGCCCACUUUGUCUCCGUUUGUUGGUCACUCGACAAAAUGAGCUACGCAAAUCGCGUGUUCGACCAAACCCACAACCCCAAUAUCCUCCUCUUCAAUUCCAUGAUCAAAGGCUUUUCAAUCUGUGAACCCUUUGAACAGUCUCUCUACAUGUUCUCUCUUAUGAAAAACCGUGGCAUUUGCCCCGAUGAGUACACUUAUGCGCCGUUGCUCAAGUCGUGCUCGAAUAUUUGUGACCACAGGUUAGGGCAGUGUGUUCAUGGACAAAUUUUGAGAGUUGGGUUUGAAUGCUUUAGUUCGAUUCGCAUUGGGGUUAUUGAUUUGUUAGUUACUUGUGGAAAAAUGGAGGAUGCUAGGAAGGUGUUUGAUGCGUUGUCUCACAGAGAUGUGAUUGUUUGGAAUUUGAUGGUUCGUGGGUUCUGCAAGACCGGUGAUGUGGAUACGGGUUUGUAUUUGUUUAGGCAGAUGGGUGAAAGGAACGUUGUUUCUUGGAACUCGAUGAUUUCGUGCUUAACACAGUGUGGGCGGGAUAGUGAAGCUUUAGAACUUUUCCGUGAGAUGUUGGAUCAGAGAUUUGAACCAGACGAGGCGACCGUGGUUGCAGUUUUGCCUGCUUGUGCUCAUUUAGGGGAUGUUGAGGUUGGGAAAUGGAUACAUUCCUAUACAGAUUCUAAAGGACUUCUAAAACAAGUUGUAUCUGUGGGGAACUCACUUAUAAACUUUUACUGUAAAUGUGGAGAUUUGGAUGCUGCUUGUAGUAUUUUUGACCAAAUGCCUCGUAAAAAUGUUGUUUCCUGGAACACUCUGAUUUCAGGGUAUGCUUUUAAUGGGAGAGGUGAACUUGGGAUCGACUUGUUUGAGAAGAUGAUGAACAAAGGUGAGGGACCAAAUGAUGCAACUUUUGUGGGGGUUUUAACAUGCUGUGCCCAUGCAGGCUUGGUGGAAAAAGCAAAGGAAUUGUUUGCUUCAAUGGUUGUAAGUCACCAGCUUGAGCCAAAACUAGGGCAUUAUGGAUGUAUGGUUGAUGUUCUUGGGCGAAGUGGACGGCUGAAGGAGGCUCAUGACUUGAUUAAGAGCAUGCCUAUGAAGCCAAAUGCUGCCUUAUGGGGUGCAUUGCUUGGUGCUUGCUCUACUCACGGCGAGGUAGAGCUCGCGGAACUUGCAGCUAAAGAGCUUAUCAAUCUUGAACCACGGAAUUCGGGGAAUUAUGUGCUGCUGUCAAAUAUUUAUGCAGAAGAAGGCAGGUGGGAUGAAGUUGAGAAAGUCAGAGAUUUGAUGAGGGAAAACUGCAUCAAAAAAGCACCGGGGCAGAGUGCAAUUGGAUAGCCAUGAAAUUUAAGUUACACUGAGGCUGACCGCUUCAGGCUUUGUAUCUUAGGUCUCAUCCAGCCUCUCUUUUGAUCAUAGUCACAGACAAAAUAUUUAGUUGUUCAGC